UGACAACGACAACUCUCCAGUGUUUCAAGACAUCCAGACCGGGGUGGUGAAUGAAGGCAGUCCUGUAGGGACUACAGUUAUGACAGUAACUGCAACUGAUGAUGAUGAACCAAUUUAUUUGAACUCUCGGAUUGCCUAUUACAUCAUAGAUCAGACACCAGCUCAUGACAUGUUCAAGAUGAACAAAAAUGGGACCAUCCUUGUCAAAAAUUCUGGCCUGGACAGAGAGAAAACAGAUCAAUACGUUCUGCGGUGAGAGGUCAAGACUUAAAUGGCGAACCAGGGGAAACACAGGAACCGGCACAGUUACCAUUAAUAUCCUGGACGUGAAUGACAACUGCCCCGUCCUGACCACUGACUUCCACACUAUGUGCACCACGGAUGUUUCUGUCAUUGUGAACGCUGAAGAUAAAGAUUCCUACCCAAACGGACCUCCUUUUGACUUUGUCAUCAUCCCAGAGGGCACUCAGGGCAAAUGGCAGGUGAACCCUUUAAAUGACACUGCAGCUUCCCUAAAUGCCCAGGAAUCCAUGUGGCCUGGAUUCUACGAGGUGAAAUUUGUGGUGAGGGACAAGCAGGGAGAGGCCUGUCCAGACCCACAGAAAGUGACGGUCGAAGUCUGUACCUGUGUGGACGGGGUGGUGUGUGGAAAACGAGCCACCAGCAAAAAAUCAGAGUUCGGACCUUUAGGCAUCGGACUGCUGGUCCUGGGUCUGCUGCUGUUACUACUACUUCUUCUGUUGCUGCUCUUCUGCCAAUGUGGGGGGGCUUGGGGCUUGCCAGGGGGCUUUACUGAGAUGCCUUUCGACACCAAAUCACACCUCAUUAACUACCGCACUGAGGGCCAGGGAGAGAACAUGGAGGUGCCGCUACUGGCUGUGCCAACACAAAUAGAUGGAAAUAUGGUCAAUGUGAAUAUGGGCAUGACUAACAAUACUUUAGCAAUGGCACCCAUGGCAGGUUUGGAUUUCCAGAGAUCCAUUACUUCCAUGGAUGGGAUUAACAGGGCUGGCUAUCAAGAAGUCUUUUCAAGUGGCCACAGAGAAGGGGCAUGGGGGAUGAUGAACCAGCAGGGCGGCAGGGACUUCUACUCAGGAGUAGGUGGAGGAAUGUAUGACGGCAUUGCUCUGCCAGACCACUUCCUGGCACAGUACUACACUCAGAAGGUGGCCAGUGGAAAUGACAACCUUGGAGGAAAGGACUGUCUUUUGGUUUAUGACUAUGGCCUGCACUUCCUCGAUGACCUCAGGUCAAAGUUCAAGACCGAGCCGAGCCGAGUUGAGCAGGUACCAUGUAGUGGAAAAACGCCAUAAGAGUCUGGGUUGGAAUGCAUUGUUGUGAUAACAUGGGUGGAGAUAACCCACUGGAACUGUUCCUAGUCAGCUGACCAUGAAUUACCUGCUUUCUUGCUCUAUACACCUUUGGAGAGAGAUAUAUGUUUGCCUAGCUAAGACUAUUAUAUUUAAUACAUAUAUAUUAAAGCAGAAGCACUUUUAAGCAAUAAGAUACAAAGUGGGGGUGAUCUUGACAAAAACCUAAACAUUUGUUUCUGCUAAUUUGCACUUUGGUUUAUGGUGAUCCAGAUUGAGCUAAACAAGCUCAAUCUGCCUUUACACAGCUCUUGUGUUUAUACCAUUUGAUUGUUGCUCUUGAAUGUACUACAGGAAAUGUUUUUAUGUUGGACAAAGUUUUUUUUAGGUAAGGUCAUGGGUUUUGUGUUAUGUCAUUUUCAGUAUAAAAUGUAAAAUGGCCAAUUAUGCUAUGUUUAAACUUUAAGACUCAAAUCAAUUGAGAACGUGAAAUCCACAAUUGUUUGUGUUGAACUAAAUUUCUUUUUUUAUCGUGUGUACAUGUUCAUGCCUAUGAAUGGUAAAAACUCGUUCAUUUAUUACGAUGCAGACGGAUGCUAAUGUCUUGGAAGACAUUUUGACAAUGCGAUAAUGACUGUCUCAGGGAUGUCCAAUGGGAAGCAUUUGUCUCACGCUGGCUUACUUUAAUAAACUCUUUUGCACAGAA